CUGGAGGGGGCGGCAGGGGUGCUGGGUGUGGGGUGCGAAUGGCCGGCACCGUCUGUUUCCCAGGCAGCUCUGCCGACAUGGAUGUGUUCCAGAAGGUAGAGAAGAUUGGAGAGGGCACCUAUGGGGUGGUGUACAAGGCUAAGAACAAGGAGACAGGGCAGCUGGUGGCCCUCAAGAAGAUCAGGCUGGAUUUGGAGACUGAGGGCGUCCCCAGCACCGCCAUCAGGGAGAUCUCCCUGCUCAAGGAGCUGAAGCACCCCAAUAUCGUCAGGCUGCUGGACGUGGUGCACAAUGAGAAGAAGCUUUACCUGGUGUUUGAGUUCCUGAGCCAGGACCUGAAGAAGUACAUGGACUCCACCCCAGCCUCCGAGCUCCCCCUGCACUUAGUCAAGAGCUACCUCUUCCAGCUGCUGCAGGGGGUGAACUUCUGCCACUCUCAUCGGGUCAUCCACAGAGACCUGAAGCCCCAGAACCUGCUCAUCAAUGAGUUGGGUGCCAUCAAACUGGCUGACUUUGGCCUGGCUCGAGCCUUCGGGGUGCCCCUGCGCACCUACACCCACGAGGUGGUGACACUGUGGUAUCGUGCCCCUGAGAUCCUCUUGGGCAGCAAGUUCUAUUCGACGGCUGUGGAUGUCUGGAGCAUUGGUUGCAUCUUUGCGGAGAUGGUGACCCGCAAAGCCCUGUUUCCUGGUGACUCUGAGAUUGACCAGCUCUUUCGUAUCUUUCGCACCCUGGGGACACCCAGUGAGGCCACGUGGCCUGGAGUCACCCAGCUGCCUGACUAUAAGGGCAGCUUCCCCAAGUGGACCAGCAAGGGGCUGGAGGAGAUUGUGCCCAAUCUGGAGCCAGAGGGCAAGGACCUGCUCAGGCAACUCCUGCAGUGCGACCCCAGCCGACGGAUCUCAGCCAAGGUCGCCCUGGCCCACCCGUACUUCUCAUCCCCGGAGUCCUUCCCAGCCGCCCGCCAGUGUGUGCUGGAGCGUUUUUGCUGUUGAAAACGCCAAGGCCCAUCCCUCGGGUCCUCGAGGGCAGCUGCCUCCCCACCCAUUCCCGACGGGAGACCAAAUUCGGGAGGGAGCGAAGCUCUAAGGCAUUUGGCAUCAGCCAGCAGAGGGCUGAGCGUGGGUCAGUCCUGCCUGCAGGUUAGAGAGUUUUGUUGUUGCUGGGUUUGAUGGUGCCGUUUCAGAAUAGGGGCCCAGAUGCUCCACGCACGAGGGGGUACGUUAGAGACCGGUCCGCUGGCACUGGGACAACAGGUGCCGCGUGGAGAGCAGGGGCCUGCCUGGCUGCAGCUGCUGAGCCAGACCCCGAGGGAGGGGCGCCCCCUGCUGGUCAUUUUGGAUUUAAACUGUUUGGGGGAAGAGUUGAGUCUCAAGUUAAAACAGGAGGGAGAGGGCGUUUUCCUGACCCAGGAGAGGUCAGGGCGUGUGUGGCUGUUCUAAGGAGUUGUCAUUUCACCUAAGAUAUGCUUGUGUUGGUUUGCUUCUGGCUUGACAAACAGAAAAUAAACGGGAUACAUUUCUGA